AUGGCUCCCAAAAUGUGUGUUAUUGUGGCACUUAAUGUUGUUAUGUUCUUUGCACUUGUCUCUGGAUGUGACAAGUGUCCACCCGUAACAAACACGAGUAUUACUACUACUUCUAUUACAGUUACUUCUACUCCUUCGUUGAAUGCAACAACGGGAUGUCCUCGUGACGUUCUCAAACUAGGUGUGUGCUCAGGUAUUCUUAAUGGAUGGAUGAACUUUUCGAUGGGUUUACCUUUAAAGACACAUUGUUGCUCUGCGAUCGAAGGCCUUUAUGACUUUGAAGUUGCAUUGUGUGUUUGCACUGCCCUGAAAGCAAACAUUAUGGGCAUCAACCUUGAUAUUCCCAUUUCCUUUACCAAGCUUAUCAACACUUGCGACAAGAAAGUUCCAAAUGGUUUCAUAUGUGACUGA